AUGUCCGCCCCACUCAUCGACACCGAACAAGGUGUACGUGCCCUUAUCGAAGAAACUGAAGCAUCAACCCUCGACCACCCAUUCCUUUUCCUCGACCUCGAAGGCGUCAGCCUAGGCCGUCCUGGUACCAUCUCCAUCCUUCAGGUGUUGGUGCCGCCAAGUCAAGCCAUCCGUCUACUCGACGUCCAUGUCCUCGGCAACCUAGUCUUCACGACCAAAAGCAGCACUAGUACAAGCCUCAAAGAUAUUCUCGAGUCGACAAGAUACCCAAAAGUGUUUUUCGAUCUUCGCAAUGACUUGGAUGCUUUGUAUGCCCAUCACAAUGUCAAGCUGCACUGUGUCGUCGAUGUCCAGUUACUUGAGUUCGGCACUCGACCACGCAUGGCUCGCUUCCUUAAGGGCUUGGCCAAAAGUAUAGCAGAAGACAGCGGCCUCACUCCUCCAGAAACCCGCCAGUGGCAGGCCAGUAAAGAAAUCGGUCAUGACAUGUUUGACCCAAAGAAAGGUGGUAGCUAUGAGGUGCGCAAUCGCAGGCCUCUGGACAAAGCUAUCGAGAAGUAUUGCGCAAAAGACGUGCUGUUGUUGCCUGUGUUGUUGCAGGUCUAUGCCAGUCGUCUGAGAGGACGCGAGAGUUUGGCUCAGGCUAUACAGGUGAAAGCUGGGAAGAGAGUUGUUCUUUCUCAGCAUGCGAACUUUGAUGGUAGAGGCCAGCAUAUGGUUGUUGGAACUGCAGGGCUUUCGUGA